CCACGCUGACAGCUGUGCAAGCCCCGUACUCGGAUACCCCGCACCGCAGAGUGACAACGGAAACAUGAAGGCCAUCUUGUCACUGCUGAUUCUAUCAGUCGCCAUUGCUGUUGUGGCGGCUGGCUACGGCUAUGGGCAUGGCUAUGGUGGCUACGGAGGUUAUGGAGGUUACGGCGGAUACGGCGGCUAUGGCGGCUACGGCGGAUAUGGCGGCUACGGCGGUUAUGGCGGCUACGGCGGCUACGGGGGAUAUGGCGGCUAUGGUCAUGGUGGCUAUGGUGGAUACGGCGGCUACGGCGGUUAUGGAGGAUACGGAGGCUAUGGUGGCUACGGAGGCUAUGGUGGCUAUGGAGGAUAUGGUCAGGGUGGCUACGGGCAUGGAUACAAAGUCAUCAGCUACGGACACGGACAUGGUUACCACGGAUAAAUAUUUCAGAGAAGUGUAUUUAUUGAUUGUAAAUAAAGGUAACUAGCAAUGACUGCAGC